UAUCAGCGCGAUCCUCUCUCUCACUCUUACGAUGUGGCUGAUGAAUCCUAUCUGAAGUUCUUCUCCUCCUCUUCUUCUUUCUUUCUGUUGUCUCCAAUCCAAACACUUCAACUCUCUCUCUCUCUCUGUAGCAUCGAUGGAGUUGAGAUGCGUUGCGGAACGUCAGAUCGUGGCAUCAUUCCCUUCCCAAUUCUCUUUCCCGGCGUCCCGAGGCAGGGAGCUCAUUCUCACUCGUCCGGACUCUAUCCGGUUCAUCUUCCCUGGGUUCAAUAGGAAGAGGUUAGGGCUUCGGCGGCACCGUCGCUCCUUCUGCCAAGCCACUCUUCUCGAGGGCCCAGCCUUCGUCCUCGUGGUAGCUGCCGCUGCCGCAGCCGCCGCUGCGCUUCCUCUCUACCUCUUCGGCGAGAGUCGACGAGACGGACGCGGAGCGAGGGCUUCGGACGAGACGGAAUCCGCUGAGUUUUCAGUUCCGCAGGACCUGGAUGUCCAGGAAAGUCUUGCGCCCAAAAGAUCCGGAGUCACAAGGGUUUCCUUGUCUUCAAAGGAAAAUGACAUGCACGUAUGCCCUGAUGUACAUGAUUUUAGUCUACAAUUGAUGGAAUCUUCCACCUCUAUUCAGGAUUCGGCCAAGGAAAUGCACUAUGCUGAUGGCUCUUUAUCGUAUUCCAAGAAAAUGUCACCUUCGGAGCCUAAAGCAGUUGAAAAUGGACUAAGGGAGGAAGUUUGUGAGAAGCAAUUAGAAGGGCUUGGUUUUGAUGUUUCAUCUUCAAUUGGUGUCCACCAGUCUGAUGAAAUUUUUAAGCAAACUAUGCAGAAUGCGGCUACACUAUCUGGGGUUUCUGGUGAAUCAGAUUCCACUAUCCUUUUAGUCGCAAAUGAAAAUCUUUUGGUAGACAGUCUAGAAGAAGCAAAACUACAUGGAGAACUAUCUGAAGUAACCAUUGAACCGGUUGUUCCACAUGUGGUGUCAAGCGAUUCAGGUCAAUGGGAUUCAAAUAGUUUGUUGGUUACAAAAGAGCAUUUUUCAGCACAUGCUUCAAAAGGAACAAAGCAGGAUGGGGCUGUAUUGGGUUCAACAAUUAUACCAGCUUUUCAUUAUUCUCCUAUUACUCUGGAGGUUACUGAUGCAGAUACUGAUGCUGGCAACAGAUCACAUGAUGGAGUAACUAAAGAAGGUGAACCACAAGUCCGCAAUAUGAAUGGAUCUUCUGAUGGACUUCAUGGAGCCGAUCCUGUUAUAGAUUUUGAAGAAGAAGAACAUGUGGAAGGGUCCAAACCAGAUGCAGAUUUUAAUAUGAAUGGACAAAAUGCAAAUGGAUUUUCUUCACUGCAAAGCCAUCUGCAGCAGACACAAGUAGAACAGUUAACACAUGAUUCAUUAUUUGCUACAGGUAACUCCUUAACACUGUCAGAGGCUACAGAAAGAAAUAUCCUUCUCUUCACUGAUGAAAAAGAAAACGCUGCCAUUGAGAGCAGCUAUUCCACUAAGCCAAAGAGUGAAUUGGAGAAAAGUAGUAUAAGUUCGUUAAAUACUAAAGAUCAAAGUUUAACUUGCUCUAGUCUGCUGCUUGAGAUUCCCAAAAAGGAUGAAAGGAAUCCAACUAAGUAUAUCAGCAUCUAUAAUCAUCUUUUGAGAGAUGGAAGGUUAAGUGAAUGCAUUGAACUGUUAGAAAGCAUGAGAAGGAGGCACUUGCUGGACAUGGAUAAGGUCUAUCAUGCGAAAUUCUUGAUGACCUGUAAAACUCAAAAGGCUGUAAGAGAGGCUUUUCAUUUUGUUAAGCUGAUCGAGAGGCCAAGUCUUAGCACAUUUAACAUGCUUAUGUCUGUUUGUGCUAGUUCGCAAGAUUUUGAAGGAGCCUUUCAGGUUUUGCAACUUGUUGCAGAAGCUGGACUAAAAGCUGAUUGCAAGCUCUGCACGACACUAAUAUCAACUUGUGCUAAAAGUGGAAAAGUUGAUGCCAUGUUUGAAGUUUUUCAUGAAAUGGUGAGUGCUGGGAUUGAGCCAAAUCUUCAUACAUAUGGUGCACUGAUUGAUGGUUGUGCAAAAGCUGGACAAGUGGCAAAGGCAUUUGGUGCCUAUGGAAUAAUGAGAUCUAAGAAAGUGAAUCCAGAUCGGGUUGUUUUCAAUGCACUUAUUACUGCAUGCGGUCAAUCAGGAGCUGUCGACCGUGCUUUUGAUGUGUUGGCGGAGAUGAGGGCAGAACCACAGCCUAUAGACCCGGAUCAUGUGACUGUUGGUGCUUUAAUGAGGACAUGCUCACAAGCUGGUCAGGUUGAUCGGGCACUUGAAGUGUAUAAGAUGAUGCACAAAUACAACAUCAAGGGCACCCCUGAAGUUUACACAAUAGCUAUAAACUGCUGCAGCCAAAAAGGUGAUCUUGAUCAGGCACUAAAAAUUUAUGAUGACAUGAAAAACAAGUAUGUCCUUCCUGAUGAGGUGUUCUUUAGUGCAUUAAUAGAUGUUGCCGGUCAUGCUGGGAAGGUAGAUGUUGCAUUCAAGAUGCUGAAAAAUGCAAGAAGACAAGGCAUUCAACUUGGGAAUGUAUCAUAUAGCUCACUGAUGGGGGCCUGUUGCAAUGCAAAAGAUUGGCAGAAAGCAUUGGAGCUCUAUGUGGAAAUUAAGGCCAUUAAGUUGCUACCAUCAGUAUCAACCAUGAAUGCUUUGAUCACCUCCUUGUGUGAUGGUGAUCAACUUGAAAAAUCUGUUGAUAUAUUGGCCGAAAUGAAGAACUUGGGUGUAUCUCCUAAUAGUAUCACAUACUCAGUUCUUCUAGUUGCUUGUGACAAGAAAGGUGACAUAGAACUGGCUUUCAAGCUCCUUAUGCAGGCAAGGAAGGAUGGAAUUGCACCGAAUCUCAUAAUGUGCAAGUGUUUCACUGGUCUUUGUUUGCAAAGGUUUGAGAAGGCCUCUUCCCUUGGUGAGCCCAUUUUGUCUUUUAGUUCAGGCAAUGCGAAGAUUGAUAACAAAUGGACUUCAUGGGCAUUAGCCAUUUAUCGUGAUUCAAUUUCAUCUGGUGUCGUGCCUACUGUUGAAGUUGUUUCACAAGUUCUUGGAUGCCUGCAGAUUCCAUAUGAUACUUCCUUGAGAAAUAGAAUUCUUGAAAGUGUAGAAUUGGGAUCUGAUGUUUCAAAGCAUUCAAGUUUAUGCUCACUGCUGGAUGGUUUUGGAGAAUAUGAUCCACGUUCAUUUUCACUACUUGAGGAAGCUGCAUCACUUGGAGUUGUCCCAUGUGUCUCCUUUAAAGGAGGCCCAAUAACUGUGGAUGCAACAGAACUGCAGGUUCAUAUUGUUGAGGUUUAUCUGUUAACAAUUCUGAAGGGCCUAAGGCAUCGUCUUGCUGCUGGUGCAAAGAUACCCAGCAUAAUCAUUUUAUUACCCGUUGAGAAGAUGCCAGUUUCAUCCGAGGAAGACAAAAUUGUCUGUCUUUCUGGAAGGGUGGGGCAAGCAGUAGGUGCUUUGCUUAGGAGACUCAAUCUGUCAUACCAGGGGAGUGCGUCAUCAGGCAAAAUCCGUAUCAGUGUGCUUACCAUGAAACGGUGGUUCCAGCCAACGCUUGAAUCUGAUUAUGACCGGAGACCAACGGAUCCGAGCUCUUCUACAUCACGUUUGGCUAGACGUAUUGCAGAUCAACAACGUAGCAUUCGAGGGAGCAACCUAUCUAUUUAUUGAAGAGUUUCAUGUAGUCAACAUAACCAGCCAUGGCUGCAAUUUUGUUCUUGGUAAUCCACUGGCAUAGGAUGCACGGUAAGUGCAAGCCACAAAUAAAAUAAAAUGGGGAAAUUGUAAAUGAUAGUUGUAAAUUGGCAAGUUAGUGUGAUUACUUAUGAUGUUCUUGUUCUUGGUUUAUAUGUGAAUGCAUCUUGUUUGAAUGCC